AUGAUAUCGAUACGAGAUAUCCUAGAAGCAACAGGAUCAACGCGCGAGGAUGCUGAACGAGCUGCUACAGUGAUACAAGCUGCGUUUCGCGGUCACUACGAAAGGAUGGCUCUGAACGAAGCCCAAGGGAAGGUUCAGUGGCAAAGGGCGGUAACAAAUACACUGGACAUCCUGAGGAAAGCUGGUGCCACGCAAGCGGAAAUUUCAGCUGCUUCAAGAUACGUAAAAUUCGCCUACCGUAGUUACUACAUAAGAAGAAACCAGAGAAUAGACGCUCCGGACACGGAAGAGGAACUCAAGAAGGACCCCCGCAUAUUGGAGACUGCCGAAGCCAUUCAAGCGGUUGCUUGGAUGGAGAUGAUGUACCAUGACUCGGGAUUGACGUUAGAAAAGGCCAACGAGGCUGCAACAGUUAUUCAAAGAGCCUACAAAAAGUAUCGCAUGAGAAAAGCAGGGUACGAUGUACAACAGUUACAAUCAACAAAGUCGAUGGUUGUCGAUGCUGUUCUCAGUAGUUUGCAUCACAAGGUUUUCGACAGAGUGACAUCGCGCGAAGACAUCCCUGAAGAGUAUGGCACUAGAGAGGAGCUGAUGAUGGCCAGCACGAAAAUUCAGAUGGCUUUCAAGGAACACUUAAGAAUGACGCGUUUGUCGGAACAACGUUACUUGGAAGCUGCUGCAGACGAAGAAGAAGAAUUCGUCGAGGACGAAGAUACUGACAGCAAAUUUACGACAGAAACGGAGGACGUCGUGAUCACGGAACGCAGCCCAGAUUCUGAACACCAUCCACUGGAAUCGGAGGCGAAGUCUGAGAUAGAAUAUACGGAAGAACAGUUGACGGAAGCGGAAAUGGAUGAGCAAGAAGCGUCGGAAGUCGAAAUUACAACGGAGCUUUUGCCUACGAGCGCCGAACCACAAUCGGAACUAGAAACCGAGUAUCCGUCGGAACCGGAACUUGAGGAAGAGGCAGCUGAAGACCAAGAGAGGGGAGAAGAAACGAAAGAACCCGAGGAGGAGCACAAGCACGAGGAGACAGAGGAGGAGCCAAAUGUUGCCCAAGAGACUGGUACCCCGGGCGAUGCGGCGGAAUGA